CAAGAGUUUAUUGUCAUUGUCCAAAGGCAACGAAAUUGUGUGUGGAGCACAACACGGAACAGUAGUUAGAUAGUUAGUUAGAAGUUAGAGGUGCCAGUGCCCCCCUCUCCAGUUCCCCUUAAAGUGCAAAGUGACAAGAUAAAGUGACAUUUGUCAUUUGCUGCUUCUUUUUCCAGUUAUCACUCAUUCCUUCUCUCUCAUUUCUUUACUCCUCUACCACUACACUGUCAGGCUUUUUUUGAAGUGUCUUGACCCCCUGUCCUUCUUUCAUAUUAUGGUAUAAUCCUAGUCUGUUUUUGCCGCAAUUGGCUCCAUCCAUUGCAUGGAUUCUGAGCAGGAGCAGCUGAAGAUUCGUCUCUUCCCGACUCUUCAACUCACUUUGAAGAAUCGGCUUCUAGAGCCGGCUCGUUCACGAACGACACAUCACUAAAACAAGGGAUUACCGUCGUCCGCUGUGUAUCCUGGAGCUGGACGUCCACUUAAAAUAAGGUCUCCCAUGUGAACCCUUCGAGCUGAGAGGAGAAGCGUUUCCUCCGUGACGAUGGACAGUUAGUCAGUCCUGUCCGUGCUCCAAUGGAAGCUCCCGUCACAGCUGCCCCCUCUCCCAACUUUUCCACACUUCCUCCCCCGUUCCCCCUGCAACCAGCCAUCGCCCCCUCGGUCCAGCUCGGCUUCACCGUCUUCUACACCACUCUGUAUGCCGGACUGUUUCUGGUGGUGUACGUCCAGCUCUGGCUUCUGUACUUCUACAGACACAAAAGAUGGAGUUACCAGAGUGUCUUUCUGUUCCUCUGCCUGCUCUGGGCCGCUCUACGCACCACCCUGUUCUCCUUUUACUUCCAUAACGCCCUGGAGGCCAACCACCUACCUGUUGUAGCCUACUGGCUGCUGUACUGCUUCCCUGUCUGUCUGCAGUUCUUCACGCUCAGCCUUAUCAACCUGUAUUUUACUAAGGUGUUACUCAAAGUGAGAGAGAUUUAUAACUCAGAGGUGGACAAAAGACUGUGGCUGGCACGAUGCGUGUACGCCGCACUGAGCGCCGUGUUCCUUUGCGUCAACGUGGUCUGCGCCGCUCUCAGAGACGGCGGCGGGUCGGGGAAGCAGACCUGGAAUUUGGUCCUUGUUCGAGUUCUAGUCAACGACUCGCUCUUCAUCCUGGAAGCGGUGUUACUGGCCGCCUUGCUGCUGCUCCUGACCAGACACUCGCACUCUACCAGCCCCUACCUGAUCAGCAAGGGGACCACAGUGUGGCGUACGGCCGCACUGGGAGCUGGAGUGAUCUUGUUGUUUGCCAGUCGAGGCUGUUACAACCUGACAGUCCUCAUCCUGUCUCAAACCCAACGAGUGGAGUCAUUCAACUUUGACUGGUACAACGUCUCUGACCAGGCUGACUUGCGUAAUGAACUGGGUGACAGAGGAUACCUGGCCUUCGGCAUCAUCCUCUUCAUAUGGGAGCUGCUCCCGACCAGUUUGCUCAUCCUCAUCUUCAGAGUUCGCCGGCCGACUCAAGAGAGCAGCAGCAUGGCCAUCAGCAACAGGGUCCUACCUCGGCCGUAUUUCUUCGAUGACCCUCAAGGUAGCGAUGAGGAUGCACCUGUUCCGUGGGCACGCAGUUCACAUUCACAGGCGAGCUGGUACGGUUCAGAGACCGCUCCACUCCUGUUUGCCAGCAAUAUUCCGAACCAGAACCUCCAGCACCACUCACUCUACUCCACCCCCCAGAACUAACCCUCACUCCUCCCUCACUCCUCCCCACUCACCGCUAUCAGGACCACCGUGUCCUCAAUGUGGUUCAUCUCAAUGACAAACCGCACACAACCACCAGCCCAAAAUAACUCCCCCCUCUGUCAGCAUUUUUUUUGCACUGAAAAACUCAGGAAGUCGCCACCAAACAGUGAAUUUUUGCACCUUGAAGUUUUGGAUCAGAGAAAAUAUAUAUUUAAAUCUUUCUCAGCUCAAAAAAGGGAACAGACUUGGCGGGAAAAGGCUUGGCAGUCGACCAAAAUAAACGACCAAAUAUUGUGCUUGGUGAGCUCCUUGUGAAGGUUAAACUGACAUAGUCACAGUUUGUUAGCUGCUUUUAAAUAAGUCAUCAUCUCGUUGUUGAUUAAAAAUCAUUCAUUAGUAACUUCAUUAGUAUCCCUUAACAUAGCUUAUAAGAUUGCAGCAUGUGGUAACCCCCGGUAACAGCAGUCGCUGCUGAAAAUAUGAAUGAUCAUGUUUCUUUUGGUGUUCGGUAAAGUCUUAGGACGCCUUUAUUAAAUGAUUCCACACCAGCAGGUUCUCUUUUCUACUGUCAGACCUAAACAUGACUGCAUUUAGGUUUCAUAAAGUUGAAUGAUGGUUUAUAUUUUUAAGCUUCUUUUCAGGCCAACGUCCGCUUUGCUUUUGAUUUUUUGCGUGUCACGUUUGCAGUUUUCAAAACUUUGUUGAUUUUUCCUGUGUAAUUGUGUUUUGAUGUAAGUUUAACUUAUUUUAUAACUACCUUUUCAUUGUACUGAAAAAAAAUCAAAUUUUAUUCCUCUUUUAUGUUUUUACUGGACGCAGGCUUCCUCACAGUGAGUCACUCACCCGUGACUUUGACUUUUCCACAUGACUGAUAUUUACUGUGUAAACAACAAACCAAUAAAAACAUCCAAAUGAG